GGAUCUCAACAACCAUUUGCCGAACGGAGGAACUACUUGUAAAAUGUGAAUUCCCGUUGGGCUAUCAAUUGUCGUGGUCUAUGAAAUCUGCGAAAUAUCGCACUAACAUUUCUCUUCCUCCUCCUCCUCCUCCAAACAAUUUGGUUGAACUAAGGAUUGAUUGUGCAUGAGUCGAACAGCCAUGGCAGGCGUGUCAAGAGGAGCAAAGAGGACAGUACUCAUUACAGGAGUCACCAAAGGUUUAGGUAGAGCUCUUGCUUUGGAAAUGGCUAAACUAGGUCAUUGCGUUAUUGGCUGUGCCCGUUCCCAGGAUACCCUAAAUUCUCUUCAAACCCUACUUCCCAAUUCGCCCGACGAUUCUUCUCAUCUCUUACUCAACGUUGAUGUGAGGUCCAAUACUAGUGUGCAGGAACUUGCGAAAUUGCUUGUUGAGAAGAAGCGCAUUCCUGAUAUCAUUGUAAAUAAUGCUGGCACUAUUAAUAAAAAUAACACCAUCUGGGAGGUUCCAGCAGAAGAGUUUGAUACUGUGAUUGAUACUAAUGUUAAGGGGAUAGCUAACAUGCUCCGUCAUUUUAUCCCUCUUAUGCUUGAGAAGAAGCAUGGCAUCAUUGUCAAUAUGUCAUCUGGCUGGGGACGAUCUGUUGCUGCACAGGUUGCCCCUUAUUGUGCUUCAAAAUGGGCAGUUGAAGGUUUGACUAGAGCAGUUGCAAAGGAGCUGAGUAGUGGCGUGGCAGCCGUUGCCCUUAGUCCUGGAGUAGUACACACUGAGAUGCUUGAAUCAUGCUUUGGCAGUUCAGCUAGUGUCUAUCCAAAGCCUGAUCAGUGUUGCCGGAGCGUUUAUGGGAAAAUUAUACCCCCAACCUUCCCGUUGUUUGUCUAUGUAAACAAGGAUUUCAACUUCAUGGAUGACGUGUCAAUGUCGUGCCUGCUGUCAAUCCAGUCCCCUUGAUAAAUACUCCCGUAGUACAAUAAAAAAGGGCUCCUAGGGCAGCAACUAUGAUACUUAAUCUGACAGCUGCUGACAAUGGUGCUUCUUUAACUGUGUAAAGAGUAGUAGCUAUGUUAACCAUAGUGCCCUUUCCCUCUUGAACAUUCUUUUUUUCACAUGGGUGUUUGGUAAAAUGGAAUAUUGGGCAAUGUUAGCUCAUUGUAGUACAAAUAGAAGGUUGGAUAAUUUAGCAGGUUGACGCAAUUUGUUAUGAAAAAGUUGUCUUUGAACAAUUUGCUCAUAGCAGCGUGUUCAACAUUAAUUGAUCCAACCAGUUGAUCAAAAUAGCUGUUCAAAUCUGUUACUCCAAUCAGCUAUAAGUUAUUAGCUAUCGGUUGUUGCCAAAUACUCUCAUAAUUUGUAAUCAUGUUAGAUUGUAAAUGAUUAAUGAACAAUAUUUGUACUAACAACUAUGUUUUUCAAGCUAUUUUUGCUUGGCAAAGCUUUUCAUUCUUGA